AUUUGCUAACCAAAUCAGGUGUUGCUGUUAGUGUUACUUCAUGCAAGUGGUAAGAAAGCCUUUAUCUUUCAAACAUAGUCCUUUUCUAGCUCUUGUAUUUUGUUGCAACGCGUUGUUGUGGGUCACAAUCAUGUCGGCAGGUCCUCUGUUUGUCAACGUGAACAAAUGGAUCUUGGAUAAUGAGAAUGAUUUUCUACCACCAGUAUGCAACAAACUAAUGCACCAACAGCAGCUGAACGUCAUGUUCGUUGGAGGACCCAACACAAGAAAAGACUAUCACAUCGAGGAAGGAGAAGAGAUCUUCUACCAGCUGAAAGGAGAUAUGUGUCUGAAGGUAGUUGAAAAUGGAAAACACAAGGAUGUGCACAUCAAAGAAGGAGAGAUGUUCCUGCUGCCGGCCCGUAUCCCCCAUUCCCCCCAAAGAGAAGCCAACACUGUAGGACUGGUGGUGGAGAGGAUGCGGCUACCCACUGAGACGGACUGCCUGAGGUACUAUGUUGACAAUUCAACAGAAAUUCUGUUUGAGAGGUGGUUCUUCUGUCAGAACCUAGGAACGCAACUGGUGCCUAUAAUAAAGGAGUUCUUUGCCACGAAUCAGCACAAAACAGGAAAACCUGAUCCAAACGAAAUCUUCCGGCAGCCUCCGUUCCCCAUGAACACCAUGAACGUGAUGUCCCCAUUCUGCUUCAAGGACUGGCUUGAUAAACAGAGGGGCCCCCUGGCCGCCGGGGGCCACAUAGACGUGUUCGGAGCGCAGUUCGAGACUGAGGUGAUUCUGUAUGGAGCCGGGCAGACAGAACUGUGUACGAAACAAAAUGAUGCUUGGAUUUGGCAGCAGGAGGGCUCGUCAACAGUAACUAUAGACGAUCAGGAAUUUUCUCUUUCUUCUGGAGACAGUUUACUUAUUCUGGCGCAGAGCCAGUAUCAAUGGCUGAGGGAAAAUGGUACUGUGGCCUUGUUCGUGGUUCAGAACCCAGAGAGGAAAAUACAUUGAUCAGAUGCUCUUCUUUCACAAACAUACACUCAAGAACACAUAUCCAAGUCUAUACGUUAUGGUCCAAUCAUUUCACUGCUUGACUUUUAGGAUGGAUUCCAGUGCCUUGAACUGCGGUAUAUUCUGCCUUAACUAUUCAACUUCUGUACCAAGUUGAAGAGCAAACUCUAUGAAGUAUUAUUAAAAGUUAAUUAUACACUUCUUUAGAAGUGUUAGUACUCCAAGGGGAAUUGCAAUUGAUUUGUAUUACUUACUUUGUAGCCUUCCAACUUUGUUCUCAUUGUCAUUAUAUAAAGGGUUAGUUAUAAUUAGGUUCGGUAUAAUGAAAUUGGUUACAACUGAAAAGACACCUACUUCCCUUUCUAGUAGAGGUCCCUCUAUUUUAUUUUCACCACAUCCACUUAAGUUUGUAUACAAAGUUUUAAUCUUGAAAUAUAGCUGUGAGCAGCAAUGUGGGUGUCAAGCAUAAUGGGACUCGAUAAACUAAUUCUGCCGGGCAGACGUAAUCGGCUAGGCGGCUACAUGACGACCGUAUAGGUAAUCGGUAACGUCGACAGCUGGUGGAAUGAACUAGAGCAGUGGUUCUCAAACUUUUUACCAUGAGUACCACCUUAGAAAUGAUUUGGCUCUCCAAGUACCACCAGAAUUAAAAUAAAGUGCAUAGGCCUAUAACUACAUAGAGUUUACACAGAAGGCAUUAAUAUUAAUAUUGCGAUUUACUAUUCACUUAACUUUACUUGACUGAAGCAACCAACUGUCUGCAUUAAAACAUUCACAGCACUGAAUAUUAAUUUUAACAACUGCAGUUAACCAAUCAUGUGAUGUAAAUUGUACUGCAUCAAAACAUUCAACGAAUUGAACAUGAAUAUUUAAAUACUGGAGUCAAACAAUCAUGUUAUAAGCAAUAAUAAUAAUAAUAAUAAUAAUAAUAAAUCUUAUUUAUAAUGCACUUUAUAUUCAAGAAUCUCAAAGUGCUUCAGAGAAAAAAAAUACCAAAAAAACUAUUAAAAAGGGGGAACCUCAAAGAAAGUUUAGCUAAAUGCUCUUUUAAAGAGAUGGGUUUUGAGGUUCCGCAAUUGCAACAUUAAUCCUGCACAGCAAAGAGAGAAAUCAUGUGUACAGCGAAAACACUGUAAUCAAACUAUCAUUAGUAAGAACAAGUGUAUUAUAGAAAAACAACGUAUUCAGUAUUUAAACUACUGCAGUAAGUGCCAUAAGGUCAGAAUAUAAACUAUGUUUAGGUUUGAAGGAGAAUGUACUCAGGCACACAUUGAAAAUUAAGAAUAAAAAAGAAAUUGGUAAUGGCGACUCUGGGCUUAUCAUGCUUAGUGAGACAACACAGUCUCACUCCGAGAACGUCAAAUACCGACUGUUGGCAAAGGCCCUUUAGCGUCGGUGACUGACGGGAAAGGUACCCUUUUUAUUCGCUCGGUGACGGUAAAGGUACCCUUCGGCGUCUUCUGCAUACGGAAUGGGGGGUGCCUCACUACGUCUCUAAUAGACGAUGUGAGCAUCUUUCCUAUUGGAUAGUUUUUUAGGAUAUUCUUCUGUGAAAAUGGCGGACAUACUUUUUAUCCUGGGUGGAAAAUAUGAUAUUUUAGAAUAGUUACACCAUUAAAAGUGUUUAUGUAAACCUUUUUAGCGAGAAAUGUGCAUUUUACUUUCAUAAUCGUCGUUCGGCGAAUGUGAAGGAUGUUUGGUUUGAUAGAUAUGACGAAGAAUAUUUCAUCGGGCGAUAAUGGCCGGCGUACAGGCAUCCCGGGCUCACGAAAAUAGGUGACACUGUCACGUUAUUUAAUCUAUUGAAACGUGAUCAGGUACACGUAUUUUCUAAAUGUUCGUGUCAAAAAGCACAUUUUUCAAACUCAUGCAUAUCAAUUGGAAGUAUUUGUCGUGAUUUGUCACUAAGCACGACUUCCAUCUAAGGUUCUGUCCGGGAGCUUUCUCCCUAUUGUCCCUUAAGGAGCUCCGUACAGAACAUUUAUUGUUAAAAAUUGUCUGUGAUAACUAAGAAUAUGACAGCUUUUCCAGUCUCACCAAUAUGCGCACAGAUCG